AUGGCAUCCGGUCUUCUAAGCGGUUUCGCUCGUACCUCCACCGUCCUCGGCGUCGGUCUCGGCCUGUCCUUCUCCCUACACCCCUUGUCCCCAUUCCGUGCUUCCCCAAUGCAAUGCCAAUACACAGCUCCGUACACCAGACUCGACUCGCAAAACAGCACAGAAUCCGGUUGGACCCUCGACCGCAAUGACCCGGCCAUCGCCAAGCAGGGGCGAACAGGCCCCCGCACGGCAUCCGGGAUCCUGACCGCUUCCAAUAUGCGCCAGGUGAGCUUGGGGAGUGUGCUUGGCCUUGUGGUGGGGGUGGGACUGAGGGCGUUCUCGAGAGCGUUGGUCGUGCUGCUGGGGAUGGGGAUUGUCGUGAUUGAGUGGGCCGCUUCGAAAGGAUACAAUAUCCUCCCUGUUCGGACGAUGCAGAAGUAUGUCAAGUCGGUGGAUGUGCAGAAGGCUGUGACGCAGCAUAUGCCGUUCAAGAUGAGUUUUGGGGCGACGAUGGCACUGGCUGCGUUUGCGCAGUUCUAG